CAUCGCUGUCGUACCGUUGUUGAGUCCCUUUUGACCGUACAAAGCCCGUCGAUCCUAAAUCCAAGGGUUAGAGUUUGAGCAUCACAAGGGGCGUUCCGAUGUAGGGAGACGCAGACGCACAACUCGAACGAGCCUUAGCGCGGGAGUCGGAGAGGCGAGCGCUUAAAUGACGGGGACGAACCCUGUUUUGGCUUGGGGACCCCAAGAGAGCCAUCGGCAGAAUUGCCCCGUUGCGCUCUGUUGCGCCUCCCCCCACCCCACCUCCUCCCCUUCCAUCCCCAUGAGCUCCCCCCAGUUCUCCAUUACCUUCGGAUCGCUCGCCCCGUUCCGAUCGUUUUGAUUUUGAUUCGAAGAUCUGAGGGUUCGGGGAUGGGGGUGUCGGUGGAUAACAUUCGGGGGCUCGUGUUGGCCAUGUCGUCCAGUAUUUUCAUCGGAUCGAGCUUCAUCGUGAAGAAGAAGGGGCUGAAAAGAGCAGGAGCUUAUGGAGUCAGUGCAGGAUCGGGAGGUUUCUCAUACUUGUAUGAGCCUCUAUGGUGGGCUGGAAUGCUGACCAUGAUACUUGGUGAGGCAGCUAACUUUGCUGCCUAUGCAUUUGCUCCCGCAAUUCUUGUGACUCCUCUUGGAGCACUUAGUAUAAUUGUCAGUGCAGUGCUCGCUCAUUUCAUGUUGAAUGAGAAACUGCACAUAUUUGGUGUCCUUGGAUGCGUUCUUUGUGUUGUGGGUUCUACCAGUAUUGUUUUGCAUGCUCCAAUAGAAAAAGACAUUGAGUCAGUUAAGGAAGUGUGGUACCUUGCCACUGAACCAGGCUUUAUUUCUUAUGCUUGUGUGGUCCUGUUCUUGGUCAUUUUCUUCAUUGUCCAGCUAGUUCCUCGUUAUGGUCAAACACAUAUGGUGAUAUAUGUUGGAAUUUGCUCACUCAUGGGUUCCUUGACGGUUAUGAGUGUAAAAGCAGUGGGCAUUGCUUUAAAGCUAACUUUUUCGGGGAUGAAUCAAUUUGUCUAUGUCCAGACUUGGAUUUUCAUACUUGUCGUAGUAAUGUGUUGCCUCAUGCAGAUGAAUUAUCUGAACAAGUGUAGGGGUGCAGCAAUGAAAGUUGCAUACUUUGAAAAUCGAUCGAUCACCACGAGUAUUGAUCCGAGUCCCUCAAUUGCCGACAAGCUUGAUAUGAAGUCUAAGAAAAUGCUCUCACACGACCUUUCUGGUAUGGGCAACGGCUCUAAAAGUCCCACCGGCUUCCGCUGCUCCACCUUAUCUUGUUGGCAAGUGAGGCAUGUUCGAACAUAUUCCUCCAUAUCAGUCCUCAUCUUUGGCCAGUAG